UGCACGUGAUGAUAGUCAUGUGGAUCCAUCACAAACACAAAGUCACCGUGACCGCCCCUUCAAGUUGGAUCGUAGUUUAGUUCGUUUAGUCAGAGUCGGAGGAGCUGACUAGUGCACAUUUGUCCUCAAAGUCCCGUCUCAAGUCUUUCCCAUAAACACAAAAUGUAUCCUGCAGUUUUGCCGGUGUUUGUCGUACUGCUCUUCGUAGGUGUUCAUUCGGAACUCGAUUCUCCCUGUUUUCGGCCAGAAUUGAACAAGAAGUUCAAAGAAGUUAGGACAUACCCUCGACCUCAUUGGGAUGCCAGUCCCAAUGACCUACCUAAGGAGUUGGACUGGCGCAAUCGUAGUAAUGUAAACUACGCAAGCACAACGCGCAAUCAGCACAUUCCUCAAUACUGUGGCAGUUGCUGGGCUAUGGGUUCAACCAGUGCCAUGGCAGAUCGUAUCAACAUCAAACGGAAAGGUGCCUUUCCCUCUGCUUACCUGUCCCCUCAGAAUGUUAUCGACUGUGGUGAUGCAGGCACUUGUGAGGGAGGUUCGGACAUGGGGGUUUAUGCCUAUGCACACUCUCAUGGUAUACCAGACGAGACAUGCAAUAAUUAUCAGGCCAAAAAUCAAGAUUGUAAACCAUUCGAUCAGUGUGGAACCUGCACAACGUUUGGUAAAUGUGCCCCAAUAGCAGCUGCAGAUUACAAAGUGUGGAAAGUAGCUGACUUCGGUCAACUGAAUGGACGGAAAAAGAUGAUGGCUGAGAUCUAUCAGAAUGGGCCAAUCAGCUGUGGCAUUGAUGCCACCAAGAAACUACAGCAGUUCAGAGGAGGCAGGAUUUAUGAGGAGUACAACCCCACCCCAGGGAUCGACCACAUUGUGUCAGUAGCAGGCUGGGGAGUUGAAAACGCCACUGAGUACUGGAUUGUCCGCAACUCCUGGGGUGUGCCUUGGGGGGAGAAAGGCUGGUUCCGGAUUGUCACCAGUCUAUAUAAGGGAGGCAAGGGGGAUGAUUACAACUUAGCCAUUGAGCAAAGUUGUGCAUUUGCAGAUGUAAUCGUUGAUUAAAAAGAUGCCAAACUAUUUCAAAUUCACCAUCUUUGCUUGCAAUUUGUGAAACUUUUUGUCUUUCUCUCUAUACAUGUUGCCUUCAUAACACAGACUCCAAAUAAAAGAAAUCUUAUCAUUUUGCUCAUACUUUUGCAAUUGCUUAAAAAAUGAGUGUACCUUCAUUGUCUUUUCAGUCCAAGCAUAUAAUUUAUAUGAAGCAGUAUAAUUUGUAGCUUUGUAGGUAAGGAAUAGAUAUCUGAAAUAUUCUUAAAAACUGUAUUAAGAUAUGAACUUUGUACAAGAUCAAAAUAACUGGUAGAUGUUCUUCUUUUCAGGAAAAACUACCUUGACUUGCAAAGUGUAUUUGAUGACCAUACCUUGACUUGCAAAGUGUAUUUGCUGAGCACAGUUAAUGUUUCUCAAGGACCACUAUACAAAGAUUAAUUACAGAAGACUUUGUACCCAAAUCAAGUUGAAUUCUUCCUGCUGCUAAACCAUGACAGCUCCUCCCAUGUUUUCUGUCAAUUGAAAGCUAAGAAUUUAGUAACAACAAUGUGUAUGUAACAGUGUGCACGGAAUAAGUAAAUAAAAAAUGAGCAUGCGUGAAAAUUA